AUGAACUCUAGACGAAAGAGGCAAAAGCCACAACGGCACGGCCGUCCCUGGCGCCCGACACGCCGCCAAGCCAGAGCGGCAGAGUCACGCUCCACAGCACGUGACACGUCACUCACACAGUCACACUCCCACGAGGCCGCACACGGCACACCCUGGCCUCGCUACUCGGCAGUCGCAGAUCCCCGAAACCAAACCACCACCAAGGCACCCCUCCGCCUGGCGGCCUCGCUCGCCAUGGCCGCCGCCGCCGCCGCCUCCCUCUCCCACCUCCUCCUCGCGCCCAAACCCAAACCCAAAACCCAAACAAACCCCUCGCUUCUCCUGUCCCGCUGCAGCGCUACCCCUCUGCCCCGCCGCGGACGGCGUCCCUGCCCCGCGAUCUCCGCUGCGGCGGCCUCCGACCUCCUCUCCCCGACUCCCUCCCUCAAGUCCCGCCUCGCCGCUGGCGACACCCUCUACGGCCUGUUCCUCCUCUCCUUCUCCCCCACCCUCGCCGAGCUCGCUGCCCUCGCCGGCUACGACUACGUCGUCGUCGACAUGGAGCACGGGCCCGGGGGCAUCCCCGAGUCGCUCGCCUGCCUCCGCGCGCUCGACGCCGCGCGCACCCCCGCCGUGCUCCGCCUCCCCGAGGCCAGCCCCGUCUGGGCCAAGAAGGCUCUCGACCUCGGCCCCGCGGGCCUCAUGCUCCCCGCCGUCGAGUCCCCUGCCGCCGCCGUCGCCGCGGUCUCCCACUGCCGCUACCCGCCCCGCGGCAUCCGCGGCGCCGCGCACCCUAUUGUCCGCGCCUCCGCCUACGGCCUCGACGACUCCUACCUCUCCCGCUGCGAGGAUGACACCCUCAUCAUCUGCCAGGUCGAGACUGCCGCCGGAAUCGCGGAGGUCGAUGCCAUCGCCGCCGUUGACGGCGUGGACGUCGUGCAGAUGGGCCCGCUCGACCUAUCAGCCAGCAUGGGCUACCUGUGGGACCCCGGGAACAGGAAGGUGCGGGCGACACUGAGGGAGGCCGAGAGGAAGGUGUUGGAGGCCAGGAAGAAGAAGAUGGCGGCCUCGGAUGGCAAUGCAGCUUACUUGGGCGGAUUUGCGAUGUCGAAUGACCCGCCGGAGCAGCUCAAGCUGAGGGGUUACCAUAUGGUGGCUGGCGCAGUGGACAUUGGGUUGUUCCGGAAGGCGGCGUUGGAUGACGUCAAGCGGUUCAGGGAGACGGUGAUGGAGAUUGGCGAGGAGGUAGAUGAGGAGGAGGAUGAGAAGGAGAAGCAAAAUGACGGGUACUGGAGUGAGUGAGCAGAGCAGAGCAAAGCUGAGCUGAAGCAUAGCGGGGAUUUUCCGGGUUUUGGUGUACUCUUGCAGUUCUUGAUUUAGUUUUCAGGUGAACAGUCUGUUCGGGCAUCUUGUAUUCCCAUUUGUAGGUCGUAACUUGUGACUGCCAAUAAAGAUCAGAAUUUGCAGAAA